GGAGGGGCCUUGGCGGGAAAAGGGAGGAGCAUCGUGGAGGCUGUAGGCGCGGUGAGGUUCCGGGCCCCGGAGCGACUCCGGAAGGGGGCGGGCGCCACAGGCCCAUCCCCAGGAUAGUUUUCCAGUCCCGAAGUGCCUGUCCAACGGGAGCUUUGUGUCCAGCAAGAUCGGAAAUAUGUAGCCAUUAAAUGUUAUUUUCCUGGAUAGAAUUUUGUUCGCUUUUUAAAAUGUAUUGGUUAAUUCUUAAUUGGUAGCCUUUUGGAGUUCCUUUUGUAAUUUUCUCUCCGUGAAAUAUUUCAUGUUGUGUAAACACCGAAAGACUACCUGAAGAGGGCUUGGGAUUAUUUAGUAAGGAGGAGAAUUUCGCUGUUUUAUUCGUUGAUUAGGCUUUAUCGUGAAAGCGUUUUAAUUUUGUGCGUGGCUUCCCCCUUCCUUCUCUACCCUAUACUGGUGAAUCUGGUACUCUGAUGACUGGGUCUACAGAGGCCCCCCUCUUACCUGAGCAGUUUGAGGUCCUUCACUCUUCCAGAUCUCAGAACUUCUGCUUUAUUUCCCUCGUUGUCUAAAUCCCAGCAUCCUUCAGAACCUGGCAAAAGCUCUGUCUCUUUCAGGAAGCUUUGUUGGCACCUUUAUUACCAAAUACUUUGAAGCCCGAGUACCAGAGCUUAUUUGAGGAAUUGAUGCCCUUCUGCUUCAAAAAGCACACAGUCUAGUUAAGGAGACAGAGAAAUAGAGUAACGACAGAGUGAUGAGUACUUUUACUAGGAACCUACAAGGCCUGUGAGAACACAAGGAAAGCUCCAGACCUAACGAGGGGGAUGGGGGUGAGGGCUGUUGAAGCCAUUUCUGUACUAUAUAUUAGCCUUGAAUUUCCAGCUAGACUGGGUGCUUCUAGGAGGGGUGCAUGCCAGCACGAAAAACACUUGACCUGUUCUUUGCCCGGAGAGAAAUUCAGUUACAUCCUUGGUGGGGCCGGUUGUAAGGAUGAGAUGAAAUGUGGCAACUGUGGUGAGAUUUCAGAGAAGUGGCAAUAUAUUCGGCUGAUGGACAGUGUGGCACUGAAGGGAGGUCGUGGCAGCGCCUCCAUGGUCCAGAAGUGCAAGCUGUGUGCAAGGGAAAACUCCAUUGAGAUUUUGAGCAGCACCAUCAAAUCUUACAAUGCUGAAGACAAUGAGAGGUUCAAGACAAUUGUAGAGUUUGAGUGUCGGGGCCUUGAACCAGUUGAUUUCCAGCCUCAGGCUGGGUUUGCUGCCGAGGGCGUGGAAUCGGGGACGGUCUUCAGUGAUAUUAAUCUUCAGGAGAAGGACUGGACUGACUAUGACGAAAAAGCUCAGGAAUCUGUGGGAAUCUACGAGGUCACCCACCAGUUUGUGAAGUGCUGAACCCUGUUCCUGCACACUUGCCUCAAAGAACUGAGAAGGGACAAUGUGCCCCAAGCAGCAGAGCCCACUGAGGCUAAUCCCCUCAUCCCCUGUCUGCUGGAAGCUGUCUGAGCCCUCACAGCCUGCAUGCUGGGCUCUGCCACAGCUUCCCAAGCAUCACCAAUAAAGCUGCUGUUUGUGCUA